AUGUCAUCGACACAGGAUUACCUAAAAAAGUACAUGUCCAAGCCGGCUUCUCUUGACGAGCACAAGAAGCGCAAGCUCAAGAAGAAAAAGACAUCGACAUCAACAAAGUCAACCGUCAAGAAGGGCAACUUUGCCAUCCACGACGAGGACGAGGUCUCAUGGACAAACGCUGCCGCAUCAGACUCGGACGACGACCUUCCAGUCGUUGAACAACCAAAGGCACCUGUCUACAAGUCUAACUCGAGCAGUUGGUCUAAGGUGCGGGAAGGCGAACCUGAACCAUCACGGGAAGCUGUACUAAAGAGGAACGUUGUCCCAGAGUGGGAUGAUGUCGAAAACGAGGACGAGAGACCUUCCAUUGCCGGCAUCGAGCACGAAAUCGUCAGGAUUGAAGUUCAAAUCUACUACCCCUGCCAACAAAGGACGUUCACCGUCACCACCUCAGAGACGAUCACCCUCUCCAGAUCGCCGGAGGUCACCUUCUCCAGCGCACGGACGUGUACGGUAUUCUCGCUCACCUUCGAGGUCAAGAUCACCUAUUCGCCAGAAGAGAACGCGUUCUACCUCAAGGUCGUUAUCGCCUUACGCAGCCAGGAAAAGAAGGAGUCCAUCUCCACGGUCAAGAUCGAGAUCGAGAUCGCGGUCGCCUGGUCGUGA